AUGGCUACAGCUCCAAAGAAUACCAGCAAGUGGGAGAUGUGUUGUGUGUUUGGCAAAGAGGGGCGUGGUCCAGGAGAGUUUGGUAAUGCUCACGGUAUCGCUGCUACUCAGUCAGGUCAGAUUGCAGUGGCAGACAGCUCUAACUUUAAAGUGAUGAUAUACAGCAAUGAGGGACAAUAUAAGGAAGACAUUCUCCUUCAAUCACGUCCAUGGGAUGUUGCAACUUUCCACAAUCAUGACAACAGGCUAGUGGUUGUGGAUUCCACCCAGUAUGUGAAGAUGUUCAAGGAUAACAAGCUUCUCUUCCAGUUUCCCACGGUGCCACAGAGUGAGGUGGACGACACACAAGUGGGCCUCUGCAGUGUGGCAGUCAGAAAGAAUGGCGCCAUCUUAGUGGGUGAUGUGGAGAGAUUGGUGUGGACUGAGCACAAUCCUACUAAUGGUGAGAUCCUACGCACCAGACCACUUCAUACUGCCCCUCACUACCUGACUGUUGAUGAUGCCACUGAUAGAGUUGUGGCCUGCGACCAUGGGCUUGACAUUCAGGAAGUAUAUGUUUGUAAGCGCAAAGGUACUCCGCUCUUUACCAUCAAACCAACCAUCAAUGGUAAGCCAGUGCAGCACUGCACCGGUGUAUUCUGUGACACCUCAGGCAUCUACAUUGCAGUUCGUAAUGAGCAUCGCACUGGUCAUAUCCACCACUAUGAUGUCGAUGGUAUUUUUCUUGAUUGCCUAGUUCAGGGUCUGUUUGAUCCACGUGGAAUCACAUUCACAUCGAAUGGACAGCUGGCAGUGGCUGAAUGGAACGCAAUCAAGAUGUAUCACAAGGCAGCUCUGUAG